CAUAGCUGUGAAACUAACCAUACAUUUGGUGAUGUUUUCAAGUACAACUGAAUUUUAAUUUCGAAUUUUCUUAAUUUUUUUGCUAAGAUAUUAAGCAAUUUAGUUUUUCAAUUUUUAAUUCGAUAUGUCCAACCACGGAGCUAUAAUGCAGACGUAUAACCAGGAAUUGGUAAAAUUCUUAGAAACUUUAAAAAUAAAACGUGUCCAAGUGGCAGAAAGAAUACAUCAAGAGGAAUGUGCAAAAGCCGAGUUGGAAAAGACUAUGAGUGACCUGCAAGAUAAGAUUAAGCAUUGUGAUGAUAGUCUAGAGCAACAUAAAUCGAUAUAUGAACAUUACAAUAAAGUGAUUGAGGAAGUAGAAACAGGAUUUAAGAAGAUUUUGGAAACCAGUAAAACCUUACUUCAAGUAGCACAGCAUGAAGUGAAUAAAUUGAAUAUAAGCACAAAUAGUCAAAAUGAACCCAUCUAGAGUGUAGGUUCUUGAGAAUCCACAGAAUAUCCAGUAAAGGCCAAAAUGCCCACGUAAAUGUCGUCGAAUCUAAAGUGUUUAGUGUAUAAGCUCGCAUAAUACAUGUCUACUAAGGCAGCGUUUGAUAAAAUGUAGGCACCGCCUGAGACAUAAGCUGGCCACAUAUGAUACGGAUAUUCAUCCAGGGAAACAUACCUAGAAAAUAAGAAAUGCUGAGUUUAUAUAUUCAAACGAUUAUUUGUACAAUUAUAUUGGCACAUUAAAACAAAACACAAAUCUAAAAUAUUUAAAUAAGUUCUUCUACUGUUUUAAUUUUUUUGAAUUAGGACGCAAAUAAUAAAAUUGUGUAUAAGUCCAUUUCAGUCUUCAGUCUAUUUAUUUUGAGAAACCCGAAGCCUAUUAGCAGAAAAUUUCCACACUUCUUCAAUAUAAGUAAUUCCCCAAAUAUAAA